AUUUAGCACAGACAGUGGAGGGUCAUUAGUGCUUUUUAACAAGGAAUUAUAUUAUUUAUAUCUGGAUUCACUAUGCCAUCUAUCAGCGUCACGGAGUACUAUGCUGGGAAAUCGAUCUUCAUCACUGGAGCCACUGGUUUCAUGGGCAAGGUUCUGGUGGAGAAGCUCCUUAGAUCAUGUAAAGAUUUGAAGAAAAUUUACAUUUUGGUCAGGAAGAAGAAAGGACAAAGCGCCGAGAGUAGACUGGAGACAUUGUUCUCGUGUCGGAUCUUCGAGAAUCUUCUUAAACAAAAUCCAAAGGUGGUGAACAAAUUGAGGGUAAUCCCCGGUGAUAUAUUGGAGGAAGGUUUGGGGAUAUCUGCCGCAGAUAUGGUGGAAUUGGAACAGGAAUGUCAAAUUGUUUUCAACAAUGCUGCUUGUGUCAGCUUCAAAAUGCCGAUCAGAGAAGCAGUUAACCAAAACACAAUUGGAGUUCUGAGGACCUUGGAAAUAGCAGAGAGGAUGAAAAAAUUGGAGGUCUUUCUCCAUGUUUCAACGGCUUUCUGCCAUGACGGUAUUGAAGUCCUGGAGGAAAAGAUGUACCCUUCGAAGCACGACCCCUACCGUGUAAUUGAGUCCUUGAAAUGGAUGGAUGAUGAGCUACUGGCUACCUGUGAACCAACAUUAAUAAAACCAUACCCGAAUACAUAUGGUUACACGAAGGCUUUAGCUGAGCAGAUUCUGACGUCGUUCGUCGGAAAAUUCCCCAUCGCAGUUGCCAGACCUUCGAUUGUGAUACCAGCGUUAAAAGAACCCAUGCCAGGUUGGGUGGACAAUACAAAUGGACCUACCGGUGUUAUAUACGCUGCGUCUAGAGGAGUCUUGCAUACAAUGCACUGCUCGGAUUCAACUAAAAUCGACACAAUUCCCGUUGAUGUGACUAUAAGUGGACUGAUUUUGUUGGCAUACUUUACUGCCAUAGAAAGGCCGAAUGACAUCCGAGUAUGUAAUUUAACUCAAUCUGGAAUAAAUGCAAUCACGUGGAAGGAAACUUCCAACUAUUGGAGGAAAUAUUUGAAAGAAUACCCGUUGUCCUACAGUCUGUGGUAUCCGGUAGCGACGGGAAAAAAAUACAAAAUUGAAAAUCAAAUUGACGCAUUCUUUACUCACAUCGUACCAGCUUACUUUAUAGAUUUAAUUUUGUUCAUCCUGGGCAAAAAGACAUUCAUGAUAAAUGUGAUCAAGCGUCUUCACGCUGGUCUCGAUCUGUUGGAUUAUUACACUGCGAGAAAUUGGACGUUUAAGAAUGAUUACUUUCUGUCUUUGGAAAAUCGUAUAUCAAAAGAAGAACGUGAAAUAUUUUAUACCAAUAUAUCGAUGAUAAAUAUUGGCGACUUUAUGAGGAAUUACAUAAAGGGAAUACGUGUAUUUUAUUGUAAGGAAGAUGAAUCAACUCUGCCGAAAGCCAAAAAAUUGCACCAACGAUUGUACUACCUCCACGAAGCGACGAAGACAAUUGUAUAUGCAUUGUGCGCGUACGUUAUGUAUCGUAUUUAUAUAAUGUUUCUUUAAUAUAUGAUAUGUUUUUCGCAUGUAAAAUAUGGUGACAAAUAAAUU